AGAUUUAACUUUUUAUUUCCAAAAUGGCAGAUAAACAAUCUUCUGGUAGCAACAGUAACCUUCCAGAGGACAUCUGGCUUGUAAGUGAUUAUUAAGGUUCCAGUUAAAAAUACGGAAUGAACUAAAAAUUUGGCAAUAUUUCUUAAGGAAUACAAGACCUUUCACCGGUCCUAGACUUGUCUUGUUUUUACUGAUCAAGAAACACUAAAUUGCCGACUUGGUACUUACUUGACACUACUUACAUUACAUAUUAUUAUAAUGAUGUAGUCAAUGUAGUUAUCUGCGUAUAACACGCAUAUCUGAGUAUAACACGCACUUUUUCUCCCUGAAAAUAGGGGGCAAAUGAUGUGUGCGUGUUACACGCCGAUAUAAUGUUAAGGACCCAGAGUACAUACCACAUAGCGGCUCGAAUGGAUGUCAUCGGAAUGUGUCACAUAAUUUAAGCAAGUGGAAUUCUUCUUGAAUGGUGCAGCAUUACAGACCUCCAGUGCAGCCUUCCUCCUUCCUGCUACAGGGGAUACCUCACACCAGUAAAUCUUGUGGCCGUCCGUGCGUAACCACAGCAACGGUACAGGCAAUUAGGGAAUGGCAUUUAAGGAAUUUCAAGAAUGUGACAAGUACAAUAUUGCACACAAAGAUUAGACACUGCCUGACAGAGCAAGGGGGAGCAAGAGACUACUACAUACUACUACAUACACUAGCUGACCCCCCUCCUUGCAUUGUGCAUUGAUUUUAAAGGGUACCAGAGUAUUAAAAGAAGUCUGUCGGGGGGGGGGGGGGGGGGAGCAAAGAAGAGAUCUGCAAGUUCGCACAGAAUCAGAUUGCACUAGUGUGAACCACUAUGCGAUCUGAUUCUGCUGCGGAUAAAAAAAAGGGUCAUGUCCGUGUUUAGUGCAGAUGCGGUGUUAAUUCAGCCAUACAAACUGUAUGGCUGAAAUUUGCACCGCACAUAAGAUCGCAUGUACGGUAAUUUUAGGAGCAGUGCGCUCCGAAUUACAUGCCAUCUCUGUACUCUCACUAAUGUGAACCGGCACUUAAGGGGACCAGAAUGGCAAAAGAAAUCUGCCCGGGGGAGGGGGAGUAAAGAAACACUACCUGACAAGGGGAUGGGAGCUUUGAGACACACAGGACCCCAUCCCUGUCUUUUUACCCCACUCUCCCUUUCAGGCGAUGGGCGUGUUUGCAUUGAGCCCGCCAGGAAGCCGACACUGCACCCUGUCAAUCAUAGGUAGUGUGUGUAUGUGAAACUGGCGUUUGGGAAAUGCCUCACUACCUAUGAUUGGCUUCCUGGGGGGCUCAAUCUGAAUACGUCCGAGACCAUCCUUAAUUUUACCAUAAAAUACAAACACAUGCUAAAAAAGCCAUCCUACAACACACACUACAAACAGCCAUCCUACAACACACAGAUAUAACAAGAGAUCUGAAUUUAUGGUACGCUUUGAAAGUGGUAAUGUUUGUUUCGGUGCGCUGAAAGGCUCUUAUUAUCCUGAUUAACUAUAUUACAGCUAUAACAAGAGUACCGGUAAAUUUACAUCCCCCUGAUACUACCUUACUCUUUUUUAAUUUAAACUAGGUAAAAAGUAUACCACUGCAGUGUGACUCAUCUUGACAUUCCGACGCUGAACUCUGCACUAUCAUGCGUGCAUUCAUUACUUACGGUAUUUCCCUACUACGGUAUCCCUAAUGGAAUCAAAUCAAAAGCGUGCAGCAUAUACAGCUGGUUUCAAGUUAAAGGUUGUGGAAUAUGCCAAGCAACAUGGAAAUAGGGCUGCAGCAAGGCAUUUUGGAGAGCCACCCACAGAAUGCACAAUACGAGAGUGGCGAAAAAUGGAAGAAAAACUCAAGACCUUAUCAAAAACAAAAUGCAAUUUUCGCAGUGGUAUUGCUAAAUGGCCAAAAUUAGAAGAAUGGGUGAAGGAAUUUGUACUUAAUCAUAGAAAAGCGGGCAUUGCAUUAUCAACAAAAAUGAUCAUCAUUCAAGCAGUGAAAAUCAGCAAAGAGUUGCAAAUACAAGAUUUCAAAGGGACAGCAUCAUGGUGCCAAAGCUUUAUGAAGAGGCAUGAGCUUCGGAUGCGAACAAGAACCAGGAUUGUCCAGUGUAUGCCAGGAGAUUAUGAAGAGAAGAUAAUAAAUUUUCAUAAAUUUAUUAUCAAACAAAGGAAAAGACAAAAUUUUGAAAUUGAUCAAAUCGGCAACAUGGACAAAGUACCACUCACUUUUGAUGUUCCUUCAAAUAAAAUUGUUGAAGCAAAAGGUGCCAAGACAGUAACAAUUAAAACUUCAGGGCAUGAAAAAAAUCGUUAUACUGUGGUCCUUGCUGUCACUGCAGACGGAAACAAGCUGCCACCAUUGGUCAUUUUGAAAAGGAAAACUUUUCCUAAGGAGAAGAUUCCAAGUGGCAUACAGGUGCAUGUUCAUCCCAAAGGUUGGAUGGAAGAAGAAGUCAUGAGGCUUUGGAUCAGAAAUGUGUGGGAGAAGCGCCCAGGUGCUUUGUUAAAGAACCCAUCCUUGUUAGUACUGGACUCAUUCAGAUCUCAUCUUACAGAACCAACAAAGAAAGAAUUUCAAAUGUGCAAAACAGAAGUAGCAGUCAUUCCAGGAGGACUUACAUCACAAUUGCAGCCAUUGGAUGUUUCCAUUAACAAGCCCUUCAAAGCCUUCAUGCGUGAAGAAUGGAAUAAAUACAUGUGUGAUGAAAGCCAACGUGAAAGUACAAGUUCUGGGAGAAUGAAAAGGCCUGGCAUUUCAAAAGUGUGUCAGUGGAUAAAGACUUCGUGGGACGCAGUUAAAGAAGAUAUUAUUAUCAAAUCUUUUAAGAAAUGUGGCAUAAGCAAUGCUUUGGAUGGUGAAGAAGACGAGCUGAUGUAUGAAGACAGUAGCAGUGAAAGCAGCAGUGUUCAGUUAGAAGACAGUAGCAGUGAAAGCAGCAGUGUUCAGUUCGAAGAUAUUGAAGAUAGCAGUGAAGAUGAAGAGUUUCUUGGUUUCCCAGAUAGCAGCGAUUUCUGAGUAAACUUUUGUAAAAACAUAUAAUAUCCAAGUUUCGUUGUUAAAACAGUUGCUUUUACUGUCAUUUUACGUUAUUUACCUUAAAAGUGUUAAUAAUAUUAAUUUUAAAAAGUUCUGAGCUACCCUUAUUUUACUUCAAAGUUCUAUAUUUGAAAUGUAAGGUUUUUUUCCUGAAAUUUCCUUCUUAAAAUGAGGUGCCUUUUAUACGCCGAUAAAUACUGUUAUUUAUACGCCGAUAAAUACGGUAAUUUAUACUAGUACUAGUACUAAUGACUAAGACUAAUAGUAUAAUAGUACUACUACUAAUGUAAGUAACCCGUGGGCACGGGCCUUUUGGGAGAGCUUGACUUGAACUCAUUGAUAUUGAAAGUUUAUUGAAGUUUCUUUUGUAUUUUGUAAAUUCAACAAUUGUGAUUUACUUUCACUUAGACUUAACUCAGAAUUACUUAGUAUCUAACGGCAGUCAAAUCUUAAUCCACAAAGAGUAAAGACAAAUCCCCUCGUAACUUACACCGAGUAACUGUAAUUUAUCUUUUAAGUAUUACUUAGUAUUAGUAAUGUAAACUGUAAAUUAAGACUUACAAUACCGGUACUUGAAUUCACUCUACCCAAGGACUUAAAGUUGUUUGAAAUGUGUUAUAUUUUCACAAUGGAAUUUUUGUCAUAUCUACUGACUUAGAAAUAAUGAAAUAUUUUAAUGGUGGGGAUCAUUAAUCAGUAAUUGUAAUAGCUGACCUCCUCAUAGUCAUAACAUUGCUCAUUGAACUCUCCCAAACUUGGAAAUGAGUGUUCAGUUAUAUAUGUGAAUUUUUAUUGUUUGGUUAUAUUGUAAAAAUUUACUUGACAUAAUCUUGUAAAACUUUUAAAAUGUGUCCAGAGGUCAUCCAUUUAUUCUUUUGAUGGCGUUUUGGAUGAAUAAAAGAAACAAGAUGUGGAUUAAAUGAGACUCAUAAUUGAGAAAUUUUUAAUAUAAAUACUACAUCAUUACAAGUGUUUUGUCAAAGCAUACAUUUGACAUUUUAAGUUUAAGAUUUUUAUGACUAAAUAUACAGAAGGAAGGAACGUGAAAUUAAAAAUUCAAUUAUAUUAGAGUUGGAGGUUCUUUUUAUGUUUCAGUUGAAAUCAGAGGUUAAAUUGUGGUAGCAUUUUAUCAAAAUGCAUGUAGUUUAUGUUUAAGCCUUGUCCCAUUGAUACUUCUACCAUUGUAUAUAACAAAAUAUAUAAGCUUGUUGUAAAAUUAUUCUUUGAGGCCAACUUUCAUCUGUGCAAAAUUGUUUUGCUUGGAUCAACAAUUAUAUCAGCUCUUCUUUUUAUUAAUUUUUUCAUACAAGUGAUGUACAUAUGUCAGAAGUUAACUUCUUUUUUAAAAUUGUUUUCUAUUGCUAUAAGUAAACAAAGAUAAAUUACACUUGUGUUCUUAGCUUUUAAAUAUUACUCUAUAGGUAAGACCUUGUGAGGUAUACAAGGAUGAAUACAGGGAUUGCAAAAGUAAGUGAUAAUCUUUUAUUUCCAGGCUGAUUGUGUGUAAUGGUAUAUAAAUAUGGUAUCAGUACAAUUCAUAGUUUUCUGAUCUACAAAUACUGAGUUAAUUCUAUUGUAGUAAAGGGUUAAUGUCACUUCAUGUCAAAACUAAUUUUGAAAGUCUACACAAUUGUUACUAUUGUGACAUCAUCAAAACUCAGUUCUUCUUCUUUUUCUCUAGGUCUAUGGACCAGACUUUAUCAGCACUACACAGAUGGAAUUCAGCAAGAUUGUACCCAAUGGUUAACUAAUUUCAAUAACUGUAUGGCAUUUAGAAAUACAAAAGAUUUUUUAGCUGCAGUAAGUUGUUAGCUUAUACUUGAUUUUUUAAAAUUUCUUUAUGAGUUGCUUUGCUAUCUCUUGAGACUACUUUUAGUAGAAGACCAACAAUUAAAACUGUUUUUAUUCUUAUUAUUUUAAACUAAAUACCACUCCAACUAUGGUCCAACUAUGGUAUCAAAAACUUUUCAAAUUUAAUUUGAGUUUCAUGUAACGGUAAGAUGUAACAUUUCUGUUUUUUAACUUUACAAAUUACAUUGGAUUUCUUAUUGCAGGAAGCAUUGAUUGCAGUGGAAAGGGAAAGGAGAAAUCACAGAUUAAAACUAGCUCGAAUGAAUGAUGUUUGGGAGUACAGGACAAAACCACCAGCUGAAUGGCUUGAACCAUUAUCAUAAAAAGAGUAGAGUGAUCAUUGAAAUAUUUUGCUUGAUUUUACAAUAUAUUCAUAACAUAAAUGCGGGUUAAUUGGAAGAAUAAAUGCGUGUUUAAAAUUAAAAACAAAAAUGAAUGAUGGGGUUUCUCCUUCAUAGUGUUUGGGUAAAGAGAUUAAAAUACAUGAGAUUAGUUUUAUGGGUGUCCAAGUCAGUUGAGGGUAGAUCCAUUGCAUAUCUUUAACUUUAUUGCCCCAGGCAUGUAGAGGUAUUAAUAAAAAUAAAUAAGCAUUCAUAAAAUUGUAUUUUAAUAAGGAUUUUGUUAAGCAAUAUCUCUGGUUUUGAAAACAAUAAUCAGUUUUUGUUUUUUUAUAUUGACCAUUUAAUAAACUUAAUGUUAUUAAAUUUGAUCUGCCAGAAAAUCCAAGUGUUCAAAUAAAAGUGUCGAUUAAUGCCUCAUGUGGAUUUCCCUAUAUCUACUUGGCUCAUCAUUUAUUUCAAAUUUGUCUUUAAAAAGAAUGCUUAUAAAUAUUUAAAUUUAUGUCAAUAUAAAAUGUUCAUUCAGUCAAUUAUUAUUAUUGGAGCUGACUGAGGUGAAUGUGUAAGGUCCACAGAUUCUUCACUAGUGUUUUAUGUCAGGAAUCUGGAUUCAUCUUAUACAUAAAAUAUUAUCUGUUCUAUUGAAAUAAAAUAAAAAUCUCCAAAUAAAAAUAUCUAGCAGCA